AUGGGCGGGGGUCAGACCCUGAGCCUCCUCUUUGGUCUCCCGGCAGGAAAGACGACAGCGGACGACACGCUGCCGAUCCUUCUGGAGCACCGCCGGGAAGAGAUCAGAGCCAAACAGGACUUCUACCACUGGAGGGUCUUCGUUCCCGGCCUACCCAACUACGUGCACAUCCCCAGUUACCGCCCGCCUGCGCGGAGAAACCCCAACCGGCCUGAGUGGAAUGGUUAUAUCCCCGGUUUCCCGAUUCUCAUCAACAUCAAGGCCACCAAGUUCCUGAACUCAAACCUCCGCUACUCCUUCAUCAAGACGGCCUCGUUCUUCUUCCGCCUGGGGCCCAUGGCGCUGGGCUUCAAACUCCGCGGCCUGGUGGACUGCAAGCAGUCGUGGAAGAGGCUGAAGGACAUCAAGAAAAUUUUCCCUGCCAACAAGUCCAUCAUCUCCGAGUACGUGGCCGAGCACUGGACAGAAGACAGCUUCUUUGGGUAUCAGUACCUCAACGGCAUCAACCCAGGCCUGCUCCGCCGCUGCACGCAGAUCCCAGACAAGUUCCCCGUCACGGACGACAUGGUGGCCCCGUUCUUGGGCGAGGGGACGUGCCUGCAAGCGGAGCUGGAGAAGGGGAACAUUUACCUGGCCGACUACCGCAUCUUGGAAGGCAUCCCCAGCAUCGAGCUCAACGGAAGGAAGCAGCAUCACUGUGCCCCGCUCUGCCUGCUGCACUUUGGCCCGGAAGGGAACAUGAUGCCCAUCGCCAUCCAGCUCAGCCAGACCCCGGGGCCCGAGAGCCCCAUCUUCCUGCCGAGUGACUCGGAGUGGGACUGGCUGCUGGCCAAGACGUGGGUGCGCUACGCCGAGUUCUACUGCCACGAGGCCAUCUCGCACCUGCUGGAGACGCACCUCAUCGCGGAGGCCUUCUGCCUGGCCAUGCUGAGACAGCUGCCCAUGUGUCACCCUCUCUACAAGCUGUUGAUCCCACAUACUCGCUACACCCUUCACAUCAACACUCUUGCCCGCGAGCUGCUCAUCGCCCCGGGCCAGGUGGUGGAAAGGUCCACAGGCAUCGGCCUCGGAGGCUUCUCUGAGCUGAUACAGAGGCGCAUGGAGGAACUGAGCUAUACCGCCCUGUGCCUGCCCGAGGAUAUCCGGGCCCGAGGAGUGGAAGACAUCCCGGGCUACUACUACCGGGAUGAUGGGCUGCAGAUCUGGGGUGCGGUGGAGAGCUUUGUCUCCGAAAUAGUCAGCAUCUACUACCCGAGUGACGCAUCCGUGCGUGACGACAGUGAACUCCAGGCCUGGGUGCGGGAGAUCUUCUCUGAGGGCUUCCUGGGCCGAGAGGACUCAGGGGUGCCCUCCUCGCUGGACACCCGGGAAUCCCUGGUGCACUAUGCCACCAUGGUGAUCUUCAAUUGCUCUGCCAAGCACUAUGCUGUUAGUGCAGGGCAGUUUGACUCCUCCAUCUGGAUGCCCAACCUACCUCCCACCAUGCAGCUGCCCCCGCCCACCUCCAAAGGCCAGACAGAGCCAGAGGGGUUCAUAGCUACCCUCCCAGCGGUCAACGCCACGUGUGAUAUCAUCGUCACCCUCUGGUUGCUGAGCAAGGAGCCUGGAGACCGACGGCCCCUGGGCACCUACCCGGAGGAGCACUUCAUCGAGGAGGCCCCCCGGCGGAGCAUCGCCGCCUUCCAGAGCCGCCUGGCCCAGAUCUCGAAGGAUAUCCAGAAACGGAACAAGGAGCUGGCCCUGCCCUACACCUACCUGGACCCUCCGCUCAUCGAGAACAGCGUCUCCAUCUAA